AUGGCUAAUAAACUCUUGCCUGCUGCCGUCGUAGCUUCUCGCUCAAAACAUUCUGCUACAUUGAUUUUCUUACAUGGAUUGGGUGACACAGGGCAUGGUUGGUCGGAUGCUUUGAAGGAAUAUGUUCCGGACUACUUCAAGAUUAUAUGUCCUCAUGCGAAUUCAAUACCAGUUACACUCAAUGGAGGGAUGUGCAUGCCAGCAUGGUACGACAUAUAUGCUUUAAGUGAAAACGCCAAACAAGAUGAAGCAGGAAUAAAAGAGGCAUCGCUUGAAUUAGGAAAAUUCGUUGAUGCAGAAAUAAAAGCCGGAGUCCCCAUCGGGAAUAUAGUUAUCGGAGGUUUUUCGCAAGGUGGUUCAGUGGCCCUUUAUAAUGCACUAACGAGCACUUUACAGUAUGGUGGAGUUGUUGCUUUCAGUUGUUGGCUUCCACUCCAUACAAAAUUUAUGUCCUCACCCACACUCUUGACUAUGCCCAAGGAUGUACCAGUUUUCCAGUGUCAUGGAUUGGAGGAUUAUACAAUUCCCUUUGCCAUGGGAAAGCUAACUCAUGAGCUUUUAAAAACUUUCCAGUUAUCCAAAUGUGAACUCAACUGUUAUCCUCAAUUAUCUCACUCAUCAUGUGAAAAGGAAAUGGGAGAUCUCCGAACGUUCUUGUCAAAAAACAUACCUGCUUGCUGACUUUUGUUACCGUAUGGUCAUAAUUGUCAAUAUAUGAAAGUUGUUCUACAGCAAUCCUAACUACAAGUAUUAAUCUUUUCACUAAGUUCUUGACUUCUAUUGCUUGGCGUCAUCCGGUUUGUCUAGUUCACGUACAUCCUGUCUCGUAUCUGAAGAAUUCGCCAAAUGUUUGUAAUUCGGAAUCACCGCAGGCUAUUUGAAAUAUAACCAUUUCUCAUUUUCCUAACUGUUACAUUCACUGAAUUGAUUUGAGGUGUAGUAAGAUGAAUUGACGCAAAUUCGUUUUAGAUCCUUCUUUGUUUUUAACUAACUGACUAUGUUUUCAGCAAUUUUAAUUAUGUAGCAUUGAUAAAAUCUCACUGAUUGAUUUUCUCUCCAAUGGUCUAUCAAAUAGUAAAACUUCAUAACAACAUUGAGAAGCUAAGUUUUAUGAGUGUACCGCUAAACUGUAAAAUAUCUAACUUCAGAAAAUCAAGAGAUGUCUGUUUUGAAAAAUAGUUUUAAUUUUAGACCAAUUUCGAUGUUACUUUUUUAAGAUUAUCUGUUUGAAUAAUAUUUAUGUAGACUUUUUUUUAUUUAUAUUUAUGAGAGUUUCGUUUGAAUGUUUUUUCUUUUCAUGAAAAGAAACAAUUCCUGGGCUUGUUUUCUUAUUUAUUAAUUCUUGUUACUAGCAGAUAUCGAUGUUGGUUUGUUCUCUGAGCUG